CAGCUUGUCACAUGGUACAAGGCUGUUGUGAAUAGCCUUGUACCAUGUGACCUCUGUGAUCAUUCACAGAUUUCACACGUAGUAAGCAAUGAUGUCACAAGUGACAUCUUGCUUACUACUCUGCAUGUGAUCACUGAUUGGCCAAUGAGUGAUCACAUGCACAGUAGUAAGCAAGAUGUCAUUUGUGACAUCAUUGCUUACUACGUGUGAAAUCUGUGAAUGAUCACAGAGGUCACAUGGUACAAGGCUAUUCACAACAGCCUUGUACCAUGUGACAAGCUGUGACCAAUCACAGCUCACUCAGUAUUUCUCAAUGGCUGCAAGAAUGCAGCCAGAGAGAAGGAGAAAUGAUUGCUUUUACAGUCUUUAUGGGUGUAACAGCAAUCAGUGUAAAAAAA